CCGUCCUAGUGGGAGGAUUCCGAGGAUGCGAGGCCGGAGCCAAAGAGCGAACGAGAUGAAGAAGUUGCCGAUUUCAUUACUGCGCGACAGCAGAGUCGACGCCGGAGACACUCAAGGUCCGAACAACCUCCCCCUGAACGUGACGAGAACGCAGCAGAGGAAGACUCCGAAGACAAUGGGCGUUGUGAUUGAUCGAAGCACCGAUGAAGAAAGUUGGGACAGUGACGAAGGUAAAGGCCCAGCGACUGCAGUGACGAGGAAAGCGCAGUCGACGCCCGCGCAGCGAUGCAAGCAAGCAUUUGGAACUAACUCCUCAUCGUUGCAUUUGCACACCCCUUCACAACCUGUACCAUCGCGAAAUGGAGCCUUCGAGUUGCCAUCUAGCCUUCCUACCGCAGUCUUUCAUAUCAUAUCUCGACUAAGCGGUCUACGGAGCGCAGUGGUAUAAUUUUGCCGCAGACAACCUCACAGCUAACGCAGUCCUAGCCAGAAGGUCCGCAGUCCUCUCAUUUACCGCCUAAUAAUAGCUUCCCUUCACAGGUGAAAUUCGAUGGUGCUCCUAGAAUUCUUGUACCAGACUCUGACACGUCAGAAGCCCAGAAUUCACAGUCACGGUCCAUGUCGCAAUCGCAAUCGCAGCCGCAGCCGCAAAUAAAU